UACACAUUGUUUUUUCGGAUCGCUGAUACAAAUUGAUGACUGCCCCGACCAUCUAUGACACAAUUCUAUUGACCUGGGAGCACGUGCGUCCUCAAUGUUCGGCUGGGUAUUUAACACGUCGCAAGCUCUAAAGACAGACCAGUAGAAGCACCAUGAGUCUUUUGAAGAUCCCUUUCCUCGUAGCCUCAGCCAUUGGCGUCCACAUUUCAUUCGCUGCUUCUUCUCCGCCACCGUCACCUGAAGAGAAGCUGAAGCCCACCAUGAUGGAAACCUAUUUUGGCUCAGCUGUAUUACAGGUUAGCGCAUACAUACCACUCUCUGCCGAAGCAGCCAACAUCAUUGCCAUGCAUAUAGAUCCCUCGAAAAUUCCGGCAGGCAUCUAUGGCGCCCGCCGAGCUGUGCAGCUUCUACGCUCUCUUCAUUUCACGCCGAUCACUCCCACUUUUCUUGCGUGUAAUCUUGCCAUCGUGACCGGGGGAAUGUUGAGGUCUCAUUGUAUCUCGACGUUGGGAAAGUUUUGGAGCUUCCAACUCAGCCUCAGAAAAGAACACAAACUUGUGACGAGUGGGCCGUACUCUGUCGUCCGCCACCCAAGUUACACCGGUUCCCUUCUUCAAUCUGUUGGGAUCAUUGUUAUGUACGGAAGCCCAGGGUCGUGGAUGUGGCAGUCUGGAAUUCUACAAGUACCUCUCAUGACGGCGCUAGCUGUCAUUGGCUGCCUCAUACAUACAUUAGGUAUCUGGGGUUCCAUCAACCGACCCGCUAUAGAGGACAGGAUAAUGCAAGGUGCUAUGGGAGAGGAAUGGGAGAACUGGGCGGAGAAGGUGAAAUACCGAUUACUUCCUGGGGUCUAUUAAUUAUCUACAUACCGAAUGCUCUGU